GGGCUGGGGCGGGCACCGACGGAGCGGCGCUGCCGGAGACAGGUGGAGAUGCAGCUACUUCUGCUCCUGCCCCUGUUGCUGGGCCUGUCGCCCGGGUCCUUGGCCCUGAAGGUGAGGCGGCAGAGGAGACAGAACGACUUCUGGGGCCCCUGGGGUGAGUGGAGCCCCUGCAGUCGGACCUGCGGAGGGGGCAUCAGCUUCCGGGAGCGCCCCUGCUACUCCCAGAGGAGAGAUGGAGCCUUCAGCUGCGUGGGCCCUGCCCGGAGCCACCGCUCCUGCCGCACCGAGAGCUGCCCUGAGGGCGCCCGGGACUUCCGGGCCGAGCAGUGCGCGGAGUUCGACAGCGUGGAGUUCCAGGGACGGCACUACAAGUGGCUGCCCUACUACGGGGCCCCAAACAAGUGUGAACUGAACUGCAUUCCCAAGGGGGAGAACUUCUACUACAAGCACAAGGAGGCUGUGGUAGACGGGACUCCCUGCGAGCCUGGCAAACGGGACGUCUGUGUGGAUGGCAGCUGCCGGGUUGUCGGCUGUGACCAUAAGCUAGACUCGCCAAAGCAGGAGGACAAGUGUCUGCAGUGUGGGGGCGAUGGCAAGACCUGCUAUCCUGUCACAGGCACCUUUGAUGCCAAUGAUCUCAGCAGAGGCUACAACCAGAUCCUUAUCAUUCCCGUGGGAGCCACCAGCAUCCAUAUCGAGGAGGCUGCUGCCAGCAGGAAUUUCCUAGCGGUGAAGAAUGUGCGUGGUGAAUACUACCUCAACGGGCACUGGACCAUUGAGGCAGCUGGGGCCCUGCCUGUGGCCAGCACUGUCCUGCAGUACGAGCGUGGCACCGAGGGGGACCUGGCCCCUGAGCGGCUCCAUGCCCGAGGCCCUACCUCAGAGCCCCUGGUCAUUGAGCUCAUCAGCCAGGAACCCAACCCCGGCGUGCACUACGAGUACUACCUGCCCCUGAGCAUCCCUGACCCCGGCUUCCACUGGAACCAUGGCUCCUGGAGCGACUGCAGUGCUGAGUGUGGAGGAGGUCACCAGGCCCGCCUGGUAUUCUGCACCAUUGACAACGAGGCUUACCCUGACCACCUGUGCCAGCGCCAGCCUCGGCCAGUUGACCGCCAGCCCUGCAAUACUCACCCCUGCCCACAGACCAAGCGCUGGAAGACAGGGCCGUGGGCUCCCUGCUCUGCCUCCUGUGGAGGUGGCUCCCAGUCCCGCUCCGUCUACUGCGUCUCAGCCAAUGGAGCUGGCAUCCAGGAGGCUGCUGACGAGGCCGAGUGUGCAGGCCUGCCCAGGAAGCCCCCUACCACACAGGCUUGCAACCUCCAGCGCUGCGCAGCCUGGAGUUCGGAGCCCUGGGGAGAGUGCUCGGUUAGCUGUGGCUCCGGGGUCCGGAGGCGGACUGUCACUUGCCAGGGUGAUGAGGGGUCUGUGCUCCAUGCUACGGCGUGCUCCUUGGAGGACCGACCACCCCUCACUGAGCCCUGUGUGCGUGAUGACUGUCCCCUUCUCAAUGACCAGACCUGGCACGUUGGCACCUGGGGUCUGUGCUCCAAGAGCUGCAACUUGGGCACUCGGAAGCGGCAGGUCAUCUGUGCCAUUGGGCCGCCCAACCACUGCGAGAGCCUGCAGCUAUCAAAGCCGGCAGACGUGGAGCCCUGUAACACACAGCCCUGCCAUCUUCCUCAAGAAGUCCCCAGCAUGCAGGACGUACGCACCAGCUCCAGGGACCCCAGGACUUCUUCGGGCAUUCGGGAGACUGCUGCCUCAGAGUCCAGAGGCCAGUGGUGGGCACCCCAGGGGCGAUCCUCAGCCUGGAGUAAGACCAGAGGAGACCAGGGCCCCCACUUGUCAGCCCCAGCCCCAUCCCCAUCCCUGCAGCAGUCCCCACGCCAGCAGCUGCCCCGGGACUGCAGACAUAGCCCCCAUGGGUGCUGCCCUGAUGGCUACACUGCGUCUCUUGGGCCUCAGUGGCAAGGCUGCCCCGGGGUCUCAUGUCAGCAGAGCAGGUAUGGGUGCUGCCCCGAUGGGGUGUCAGUGGCUGAGGGGCCCCAUCAGGCUGGCUGCACAAGGUCGUAUGGCAGUGACAACACUGGGAACAGGCCAAGGUCCAGAGCAGUGGCUUCCGUGGCCCACCGGCCCCAGGCCCAACAGAACCAGCCCAGCGAGUGCAGGGGCUCCCAGUUUGGCUGCUGCUAUGACAAUGUGGCCUCUGCAGCUGGCCCUCUGGGGGAAGGCUGUGUGGGCCAGCCCAGCUAUGCCUACCCAGUGCAGUGCCUGCUGCCCAGUGCUCAUGGCUCCUGUACAGAUUGGGCUGCCCGCUGGUACUUCAUUGCCUCGGUGGGCCAGUGUAACCGCUUCUGGUACGGUGGCUGCCAUGGCAAUGCCAAUAACUUCCCCUCAGAGGAGGAGUGUGUGAGCAGCUGCCGGGGGCCCCAGCCUGGAGCCUCUGCCCAGAGCACUCACAGGGAUGGAGGUCCUAGAGGCCAGCAGGAGGCCAGCAAGCAAAGGAUGGGAGCCACAGUCCAGAGGAAGCCCUUGCCUUCCAGUAGCCUCUGGAGGCAAGACCAAGAGCCUGAGCUGGGGGAGGCCUCCCAUACCCAGGCCAUUGGAGAAGGGCCCUGGGGCCAGGAACGUGGACCCAGCAUCCCUAGACUUGGUGGAGAUGCUGGGCAGCCAGCACAACCCUCCAUCAGCUCUUCGUAUAGGAUCAGCUUGGCUGGCUCUGAGCCCACCCUGGUGCAGGCUGCCCUGGGGCACUUGGUGCGGCUCUUCUGCCCAGAUGACAGCUCCCUGGACCGCCAUGCUGGGUGGCAGAAGGAUGGCCGGCCUAUCUCCUCUGACAGGCACAAGCUGCAGGCCGAUGGCUCGCUGGUCAUCAGCCCCCUACGGGCAGAGGACGCUGGCACCUACAGCUGUGGCAGCACCAGGCCAGACCUCAACUCCCAGAAGAUCCAGCUUCGCAUCACAGGGGGCGAUAAGGCUGUGCUGUCUGAGGCUGAGCCAAGGCACUUCCUUCAGUCCAAGGACCCUGCCCACGGGGAUGCUGGGGGCCUGGGAGCCGUCUCUUCCUCUCACCCACGGCCCACAUCCAGACUUCGUCUGGACCAGAACCAGCCUGGGGUGGUAGAUGCCAGUCCAGGCCAGUGGAUCCGGUUGACCUGCCGUGCAGAAGGCUUCCCACCCCCAGCUAUUGAGUGGCAGAAGGAUGGGCAGUCCCUCUCUUCUCCCAGGCACCAGCUGCAGCCCGAUGGCUCUCUGGUCAUCAGCCAUGUGGCUGUGGAAGAUGGCGGCUUCUACGCCUGUGUUGCUUUCAACGGGCAGGACAGAGACCAGCGGUGGGUCCAGCUCAGAGUUCUGGGGGAGCUGACGAUCACAGGGCUGCCCACUACUGUGACAGUGCCAGAGGGGGACACAGCCAGGCUGCUGUGUGUGGUGGCAGGAGAAAACGUGAACAUCAGAUGGUCCAGGAACGGGCUGCCCAUGCGGGCCGACGGCCACCGUGUUCACCAGGCCCCAGACGGCACGCUGCUGAUCUACAACUUGCAGGCCAGGGACGAGGGCUCCUACACAUGCAGCGCCUACCGUGGGAGCCAGGCAGCCAGCCGCAGCACUGAGGUGAAGGUGGUCCCACCGGCACCGGCUCCCCAGCCGAGGGACCCUGGCAGGGAGUGCAUCGACCAGCCUGAGCUGGCCAACUGUGAUCUGAUCCUGCAGGCCCAGCUCUGUGGCAAUGAAUAUUACUCCAGCUUCUGCUGUGCCAGCUGUUCCCGUGUCCAGCCUCACACUCAGCCCAUCUGGCAGUAGGGAUGAUGGCUCCGAGGGCCAGCCUCAAAACAAUUCACAGUACUGGGAAACGGGGAAGAUAAACUCUCGGCCUCCUCUCUGAUUGACAAUGGAUUUUUGGAGACGCUGCCCUUUCAAAAACUCACCAAGAGUCUAGCCUUGACAGUAACAACAGCCUUCCCUGUGGUCUUGCAGCAGUGCUUGCAUCUCGGACAUAACCUCAGGCUGCUGCUGACUGUAGAAGAGGAAUCUAUUUGGAUAAAGACCACCUUUAUUUACAACUUUCUCUACAAGUUCUGUCACGCAGGAUCAACCCACUGUUUUACAGCAAGCUGUUAGGGAUCGCACUUGAAUUAAAGAUGAGUGGGAGGUAUGUACUGUACUGUUAGUUGCUGUCGGGUUGGGGCUGACUCAUGGCUCCCUCCCAUGCAUCUCAGGAGGCGGCGCUGCCCAGUCCUGUGCCAUCUCCACGAUCAGCGGUAUGUUGGAGUCCAUCCUUGUGGCUAUUGUGUCAAUCCCUUUCACUCAGGAUUUCCCUCGUUUUUGCUGACCUCCCACUUUACCAAACAUGAUGUCAUUUUCUAGCGAUUGAUCUUUCUGAUGAUGUGUCCAAAGUAUGCAUGCCAAAGUCUGGCCAUCCUCACUUCUAAGGAGCAUUCUGUUGUACUUCUUCUAAGAUUCAUUUGUUUGUUUUUUUGGCAGUCCACGGUGUAUUCAAUGUUCUUUGCUAACACCACAGUUUGAACGCAUCAAUUUUUUCAUUGUCCAGCUUUCGCGUGCAUUUGAGGCGACUGAAGAGACCAUGUCAAGUGCCCCUUACUCAUCAAAGUAGCUCUGCUUUUUAGAACUUUAAAGAGGUCUUUUGCCACAGAUUACUCAAUGCAAUAAGUCAUUUGAUUUCAUGACUGGUGCUUCCACGGACACUGAUUGUUGUUCCAAGUAAAAUGAAGUCAUUGACUUCAAUUUUUUUCUCCACUCCAGCUGUGAGGAUUUUUGUUUUCAUGUUUAGUUGUAAUCCAUACUGAAGGUUGUAGUCUUUUGACUUUCUUCAGUAAGUGCUUCAAGCUGUCUUCAUUUUUGGUAAGCAAGGUUGUGUCAUCUGCAUACUGCAGGUUGCUAAAUGAGUCAUCCUCCAAUCCUGAUGCCACAUUCUUCGUACAGCCCAGCUUCACAGAUUUCUUCAGCUUACAGAUUGAAUAACUAAGGUAACCAUAUACCUUUUCAGUUUUGAAACCUUUGUUCUGUUUGAAUGACCGCCUCUUGAUCCAUGUACUGGUUCCGUAUGAGCACACUUAAGUGUUCUGGAGUUCCCAUUCUUUUUAAGGUUAUUUAUAUUUAUCAACACAGUUGAAUGUCUUUAUAUAGUCAAUAAAACACAGGUAAACAUCCUUCUGGUAUUCUCUGCUUUCAGGCAGGAUCCAUCUAACAUCCAAAAUGAUAUCCCUCAUUUCAUAUCCGCUUCUGAAUCCGGUGUGAACGCCUAAUAGUUCCCCAUAGAUGUAUGGCUGCAGUAAUUUUUUUAUUAUCUUCAGCAAAAUUUUGCUAGCAUGUGAUAUUAAUGAAUAUCGUUCAAUAAUUUCAGCAGUCUGUUUCAUUGCCUUUCUUUUGGAAUGGACACAAAUAUGGAUCUCAUCCAGUCAGUUGGCCAGGUAGCUGUCUUCCAAAUUUCUUGUCAUAGACAAGUGAGCGCUUCCAGCAUCUUAAUUGGUAUUCUGUCAGUUCCUGGAGCCUUGUUUUUUGCCUAUGCCUUCAGUGCAGCUUGAGGGUCUUCCUUCAGUACCAGCGGUUCUUGGUUAUAUGCUACCUCUUGCAACGGUUGAAUAUCAACCAAUUCUUUUUGAUACAGUGACUGUGUAUUCCUUCUAUCUUUUUGAUAAAUCUUAGGUCAUUCAAUUUUUUUGUCCACAGAAUCCUCCAGUAAUGCAACUUGAGGCUUGACUUUUCAGUUCUUUCAGCUUGAGAAAUGUCCACUGUGUUCUUCCCUUUUUGGUUUUCUAACUCCAGGUCCACAUUUCGUCAUAAUACUUUUACCUUGUCUUCUCAAGCUGACCUUUGAAAUCUUCUGUUUGCCUUUUUUACUUCAUUUCUUCCAUUUGCUCUAGAUACCCUGUGCUUAAGAGCAAAUUUCGGUCUCUUCUGAUAUCCAUUUUGGCCUCUUCCUUCUUUCCUGUCUUUGUAAUAACCUUUUGAUUUCUUCAUGUAUGUCUUCCCCUAACUCUUCUGGUCCUUGGUGUUCAGUGUGUCAAGUCUAUUCUUGAGAUGGUCUUUAAAUUCAGGUGGGAUGUAUUCAAGGUCACAGUGUGGCUCUUAUAGCUUUGAUUUUCUUCAGCUUCACUUUGAACUUGCACAUGAGCGAUUAACUGAUGGUCUGUUCCACAGUUGGCCCCUGGCUUUGUAUUAACUGAUGAUUGUAUCUGUUUCCACAGAUAUAACAGAUUUGAUUCCUGUGUAACCCAUCUGGUGUAGUCCACAUGUAUAAUCAUUGAUUAUGUGAUUGUUGUUGAAAAAAAGUAUUUCCAAUGAAUAAACUGCCGGUCAUAAGGGGGACACCAA